AUGGAUGCUUGCGGCGUCCGUCGCAAGGAUACCUCCAAGGGUCCGCCGCUGCGUGUGCUUUCUCUUGAUGGCGGAGGCGUGCGCGGUUACUCUAUGCUCAUUAUUGUACAGGAACUCAUGCACAGAACCUUUGUCGAAAUUGAGGGCCGAGCCCCGCGACGUCACGAGAUUCCAAAGCCUUGCGACCAUUUUGACCUCAUCGUUGGCACCGGAACUGGCGGCCUGAUCGCCCUGAUGCUUGGUCGACUGCGCCUAGACCUGGAAACUUGCAAGGAGCUAUAUGUGCGGAUGACGAGGGUCGUCUUUGAGACCGACAAGACUAUCGCUGGCAUCCCCUACCGGUCGACGCUUUUCAAAGCUAGCAAGCUGGAGGAGGCGAUACAGCAGGCUGUGCAAGAACACACCAUCUACGAGAGGGAAGGAAAUGAUGGUCAAGAAGCACCCGAUCUUGUCAGUCCUCUCAACGCUGCGCUAUACUCGAGCGCUGCGCCUCGGCGUAACCUCAGUAACGCCAGUACCGUCAGCUUCAGUGCUCGUAGCCCAUCGUCCCAAAUGGCGUCGCGACCCGCCUUCAACUCACGAUACGGAAACCCGCAUGCAAGGCUAUAUGACGCGCGAGAAACGCGAACCAAAACUGCUGUAACUGCCGUCUACCAAGGAUCUCCACGCAAUGCACCACCAGCCAUGUUGCGCUCAUACGACUCACGACGCGAGCCGCCACCCGAAUUCGAUUGCAAGAUUUGGCAAGCUGGUCGGGCGACCAGCGCCAUUGGCUUGGCAUUCAAACCCGUGCGCAUUGGCCAAUCUAUUUUCCACGAUGACGGCGCCGGAACCUUCAACCCAGCGCCUGACGCAUUGGAUGAAGCCGUGGUCAACGAGUGGCCAGGUCGCGAGGUUGGAGUCUUUGUUAGUGUUGGCACUGGGCGGCGGCCGAAGUCGAGUGACUCGAAUCAAACCCUGUGGUAUGAAGGGUUUCUCGGAGAGUUUGCGGAAGCACGAAGGCGACUCAUUUCGAAAAUCGAAGGAUGCGAAAAGAUUCACGAGUACAUGGUACGGGAGCACCUUGCCAAGAGAGGUGUCAAUGUCGAAAAUUAUUAUCGCCUGAACGUUGAGGUGGGUGUCGGCGAAUUUGGUAUGAAUGAAUGGCACAGGCUAGGAGAUAUCAGCAUUAGCACACGACGGUACAUGGCUCGCGAAGCGGAGCAGAAGAUGAUCCAUAGCAUCACAAGCAAAUUGGCCAAGAUUUUCAAGGCGAAAAUCAGAUGGGAGCGAGCUCAGCAAGGCAUUCCGGAAAUUGUCAAGUCCACGUCGGCAAUCAACUUCGACAUGCCGCUUGCCAUAGAGUUGCCCGGAGACGAACCGGCAGCUCCCCUCAGUCCGCCUAGCCGCUCAUCCUUCGACUCUGUUCCUGACAGUCUGCAAGUUGGCUCGAAUCAGCUAGGAUCUCCACGUAGUUCACACGAUCGAGUCCAUCCGAGCACAGGCAGCACUCGACCAGGGCAAGCAUCGCCUAUUCCGGAUGACCCUGAUCGCCUCGUGCUAUCAUCGCCAUCCCCGAUUCAAUACCAAAACGCCUCAGACUCGGACAAGAUUGUCAUUUUGAGUCCAGACGAGCAUGCCCGACUUCUACCACAGCAAUUCACCGUCCCUCUAACCCGAAUUGAGCCUCCUCCUCUGCCGCCCAAGACUCCGCUGCCAGGUAGCAAUAGGCAUCAUCCGCCACAGCCACCAAUAGCGCGGAUAUCAUCCGCGUCUAUCCCACCAUAUCCCGUGGACGACGAUGAACCACCGCCUCCUGUGAACAUGGCUCGAAAACCUGAAUACCGAUCGCGCUAG